GCCUGGCGCCUGCGCAGUGCUGUGGCCGGCAGCGCGAGCGUCCCUGGUGAAGGGCUAGUGUGGUGUGGUGUGUGUCAGCGUCUCGUUCGCUGCCUGCGGCACCAUGGCCAGCUACAGCGUGGAGGAGCGCGCCAACCCCAACAGCCUGGAGUACCGGCUCUUCUUCAAAAAUGAUAAAGGAGAAUACAUUUCACCAUUCCAUGAUAUUCCAAUAUAUCCGGUUGCUGGCAAGAAUGUGUUCAACAUGAUUGUGGAAGUACCUCGAUGGACAAAUGCAAAGAUGGAGAUUGCAACAAAGGAUCCUCUAAACCCAAUUAAACAAGAUGUGAAGAAAGGAAAGCUGCGUUAUGUUGCUAAUGUAUUUCCUCACAAGGGCUAUAUCUGGAAUUACGGUGCUAUCCCACAGACAUGGGAACAUCCAGGACAUAAAGAUGAAAAUACUGGCUACUAUGGAGAUAAUGAUCCAAUUGAUGUGUGUGAAAUUGGAAGCAAGGUGUGCUCAAGAGGAGAAGUAAUUAAAGUGAAAGUUCUGGGCACACUGGCACUGAUUGAUGAGGGGGAGACAGACUGGAAAGUAAUAGCAAUCAAUAUUGAAGACCCUGAAGCAGCCAACUAUAACAAUAUUGAUGAUGUCAGAAAGAUGAAACCUGGAUACCUAGAAGCUACAGUGGAUUGGUUUAGAAGGUACAAGGUACCUGAUGGGAAGCCAGAAAACCAGUUUGCAUUUAAUGGAGAAUUUAAAGACCGGGACUUUGCAAUUAACAUCAUCAAAAGCACUCAUGAACACUGGACAGCUCUAGUAUUUAAAAAAACAGAUGGAGGAGAAAUCAAUUGUGCAAAUACAACUGUGUCAAACAGCUCCUUUUGUAUUAGUCAAGAAUCUGCUAAAGCUACUGUGGAAGCAGUACCACCUUGUGGAACUGCCAAUACAAUACCACCUGAAGUGGACAAGUGGUUCUAUGACCAGAAAAAUUAAGACCUAAAGGUUGAAAUGCCUACAUUUCUCCUACCAGGAAGCCCUAAGUUGGGGGUGGGGAGGAACGAGAAAUACUAGCUUACAGUUCCAGAGGAAAAAAUGGUCUUAUCCUAGGUAACUUAUUAUAACAGAAUUGCAUAUCUACCAAUGAUGUCAUGUUCAAGAUGUACCAAAGACAUGUGGAGACUAAAAGCAAUCAUUUUGUAAAAGAGCAGCUUCACGUGUCUUAAUAUGUAUCUUUAUACAUCACGACAAUAGUUGUUCAACUCAAUUGUGUACAGAAUACUUGAUGGGUGUUCACUGUAUGUUAGUACGAAAUAAAAAUUAUUUUGCUGAAAUUCAUUCUGUGGAUUCCUGUCUCCUCCUCCUCUCCCCUCCCAGUAUUCUGUCUAAACACAAAGCUAGUCUGCUGAAUCAAAUAAGCCUUUAAAAACAAAUUUCUUCUAUCAAGAGACAAAGACUGUAUAUGUUCAUCUUGUGCUUCACAUCACAAAGAUUCUGUGGAGGAGGGACCUGACUCUUAAUUUCAGUGAUUGUACAAAUGUGGUGUCUCUGCUUGAAAAAUGCAAAUACCUAGACACUCAGGUUAGCAGGACUCAACUGCCAUGGCAGUUUUUAAUUACAAACCACUUACUCCUGUGCAUCAGCUAGACCUUAAAGCACAGAAACCUUUGCUUGAGUAUAUUAACUUACACAAAUUUAAACAAUUCUAAGUGCUGUUGUUGCAAGUAAUUUAAUAUUACUAAAACUGAACAGUUAGCAGAAAAUUCUAUUUACUUCAUACCGGGGUGGAUACAAACUGAUU